GUGGGUUCUCAUGAGAUCUGUCUGCUUCAUUAGAGUGGAGACACACAACACGGAUUUGUGAGUCCAACAGAGCAGUGAACAGAGAGCGACAAUGAAGGUCUGGUUUCUGCUGUUUCUGCUGCUGCCACUCUGCCUAGGGACAUCUGGUGUUGCAACAGAAUUUAAAAUUGACUGCUAUGGGGAGGAUUUCCUAAUGGUGAGGAACAUGGUCAUGCAUUGUAGAAGCAAGGUUCAACAGGCGUGUUACACCAGAUCAACCGGAGAGAAAGGCUGCAUUCGAACAGAGUUCUGUAAGAGACCUGGCUGGAAAUGCUGCGACACAAACCUCUGCAAUGCCUAACGUUAACACCAGAGAGAGCUAGACUGACAUCGAGAACUAGACGAAGAACAUCACGAACAGGAUGCCUUUCUCUACUUCCUCACCUAUUUCUUUCUUCUGCAUUUUUUCUGUAAAAAACACACUUGAGAUGGCAUAAUAAAUAAUUGUAUAAAUUAUUUCUUAUGAGUCACAUGCAUGUUAAAAUGCAGCACAUUCAUUUUUUUGUGUAUGUGAGGAAGUGAGUAGUUCAAGUUCCUAUAUCCUACAUCAGAGUUCUUCCACUAAAAUUUGCACAGGUCCAGUUAUAUAAAAUUCCUUGCUUACAAAAGAAAUGAAUAUGACUGAAUAGUGACAGGAGUUUCCGUUUAAUGCUUAAUCAUUUUUUCUUGUCUAUAAAUAAAACAGUUUGAAGUGG